AUGGCCGACGAGCUUCCUAUGCCGGCAGAUCAAUGCCAGGCGGACCCAGCUUGUCUCAAGGAAUAUGGUUCCCUUCAUUAUAUCCCGAACUCGGGGCUCAACUAUGCCUCGGCCGGGUUUUUCGCCGCGAUUCUCAUAGCGCAGAUAUAUCUUGGUGUUCGUCACAAGACAUGGGGAUUUAUGGCGGCCAUGAUUGGCGGCACAGUCCUUGAAGUUGUCGGCUAUGUAGGCCGUAUCAUGAUGAUUAAGGAUAUCUUCGACCAAAACAACUUCAUCAUCUACCUUGUGGGUCUGACAAUCGGUCCUGCUUUCUACGGAGCAGCCAUAUACCUUAGCUUGUCACGGAUCAUCACCAUUUAUGGUACCGGACUCUGUUGGUUGAAGCCAAAAACUGUUACGGUCUUGUGGAUUGGAUUCGAUUCUGUAUCGCUAUUGUUGCAGUCGGCUGGUGGUGCCAUCUCCUCGAUGGCAGACACCAAAAGCCAAAGCGACAUGGGCCUGAACAUCAUGAUCGCAGGUCUGGCAGCUCAGGUUGCUGCUACUGUAGCAUUCUGCGCUGUCUGCCUUCAGCUUUGGCUUGCAAUUCGCCGACAUCCUCAAAAAUUGAGCGUCGAGUACGCAGUAUUCCGCAAUAGCCGCAGAUUCAAGUUGUAUUUGUGGGGUCUUGCUAUCUCAGUACUGGUGAUCUUGAUUCGAUGCAUUUACCGUCUGCUCGAGUUGAUGGGUGGUUACGACAGUGAGCUGGCUAACCACGAACUCACUUUCGUGAUAUUCGAUUCCGUGAUGAUGGUCAUCUUGUGUCUAGCAUUGACGAUCGGACACCCUGGAAUAAUGUUGGGAGAUAUCUGGCACCGCGCCACAUUCUCCUUUCGCAAGAAGAAGGAUACUGCCAUGGAACCAUUCAGGAAGAACUAUGACGACAGUAGUCGAGCAAGCUCUCAGGUCAAUCUCAGUCAACCAGAGGCCACACCACUCCAAUCUUUCACUGCAUAUCACCCAGGCUACGAACGCGUGUCAAAUGCAUAA